CCACUAAUACCAAAACCUUUGCAUUAUUUAAGACGUACGCUCUCAGUAACACAUUUCACAUAUCAAGAUUACAAGAUUAAUGGAUAACCCAGAAACAGCACAAACCUCUAGCUCUGCUGCCAAACACAGAGGCAACUGGAUCACCUUCCCUUUCAUUAUAGGGACGGUGACAUGCUUGGCACUGGCUGCUGGAGGUUCGGGAUUAAACUUGAUUGUGUAUCUGAUUGGGGAAUUUAAAGUAAACAGAAUUGAUGCAGCUCAGAUUUCUAACGUUAUUGGUGGUGUGUCCAAUUUAUCCCCUAUAGUUGGGGCUAUAGUUGCUGAUUCCUUCUCGGGUUCUUUCUCUGUUGUCACAAUAUCUUCUUGUGUCUCUUUUUUGGGCAAUGUGCUAUUGGCUUUAACUGCAACACUUGACUCAUUAAGGCCUAAACCUUGUGCAGUAGAAGAAUCAAGUUUGUGCCGAACUCCAUCAAAACUCCAAUAUGCAGUACUAUAUGGAGCUUUUGCUCUAUUAUCUUUAGGGUACGGAGGGACAAGAUUUACAAUAGCAACAAUGGGAGCAAACCAAUUUGAUAAACAAGAAGAUAAGAGCAGUUUUUUCCAUUGGUUUUUUUUCACCUCAUACAUUGCUUCUCUAAUAAGUGCCACUGCCAUUGUCUAUAUAGAAGAUAAUGUCAGUUGGGCUUUAGGGUUUUGGCUAUCUCUUGCUGCUAAUUUCAUUGGUAUAGUGAUGUUUCUUCUGGGAAAUCGAUUCUAUAGACAUUAUAAGCCACAUGGAAGCCCAUUCACUAGCUUAGCACGUGUUGUUAUUGCUGCUAUACGAAAGAGAAAGGCCUCUUUGUCUUCUACAACUGAAGACUAUUACCUUGAGCAAGAUUUAAAAGAAAAUGAAGUUUCUGCUUCAAUUACAAAGAGUUGCAGGUUUUUCAAUCGAGCAGCACUGAAAGCUGAGGGAGAAAUAAAACCUGAUGGCUCAAUUGCAAAACCCUGGAAAUUGUGCACAGUGCAACAAGUAGAAGAUUUGAAGGCUCUCAUAAGGGUUUUCCCAAUUUGGUCAACAGCAUUAUUUUUAAUCACUCCUAUAUUAAUAAUGCAAGGCAGCUUAUCUGUCCUUCAAGCUCUAAUAAUGAAUCGUCGACUUGGACACCACUUCAAAAUCCCAGCUGGCUCUAUUCCAGUCGUAGUAAUAAUUAGUACUUCAAUUUUUCUCGCCAUAAAUGAUCGUAUUCUCAUCCGAAUAUGGCAAAAGCUAACGCGAAAAACGCCAACUCUAUUCCAGAGAAUAGGAAUAGGCCAUGUGAUUAAUGUGCUAAGCUUGGCUGUAUCAGCUUUAGUUGAGUCAAGGAGACUUAAACUAGCUCAUGCUCAAUAUACAGAUAGUGUCAAAGACAACUCUACUACAGUGCCUAUGCAUGUCUCAUGGCUAUUUCCGCAACUAAUUCUAGUUGGUAUUGGAGAAGCAUUUCAUUAUCCGGGACAAGUCGAAUUUUAUUAUCAGGAAUUUCCUGAUUCGCUGCGAAGUACAGCAACUGCUAUGAUUUCUUUGGUUGUUGGGAUUUCUUAUUAUUUAAGCACAACAUUGAUUGAUCUAAUCAGAAGGGUUACAAACUGGUUACCAGAUAAUAUUAAUCAUGGAAGGCUAGAUAAUGUAUAUUGGGUGCUAGCAGUAAUAGGGAUGGUUAACUUUUGUUAUUAUCUUUCUUGUGCUAAGUUCUACAAGUAUCGAUAUCAGAAUGUCCAAAAGGCCACAGGUGAGAAUUCUUCAGGUUCUUUAGGUGAAAACACCCGAAUGUAAUUAUCUCUAUCUUUCUUUUCUUUUCUUUUCUUUUUUUUUCCAACUUGUUGGUAUCUCAAUUCUCGGUUAUCAAACAGAGAACUAUACUUUAUGUGAACAACCAAUAUUCUCUAUUAAUUAAAUUUUAGCUUUAUUAUGGUGGCUCAUUA